GGCGCAGGCGGCAGCGCGCGAGCACGUUCGCUUGCAUCUGUUCUCACUUUGAAUGGGCCGAUUCAAUGGCAGCCUUUUUUCUUCCGUUUAGUUAGUUGAACGAUGGCAGCGGCCGGCGACGUAUGUGCCGGCCUCAUACGACACAAAGUUACGCUCCUCCGAGAGCUUAGCGAUACAAAUAUACUGGACGUUUUAGUUAAAAAAGGCCUUUUUAGCCUGAGUGACCUUGAGCUGAUAACUGGCGCUGCUGACUCAGACAAAUGUAAUUAUUUCGUGGAAGUUGUUAGUAAACACAAUGGUGCCAAGUUGAGUGACUUGUGUUCCGUGAUGGAGAAGGAAUGCCCGAAGCUGUUUAAGGAGCUUCUGAAUGACAGACACAGAUUCAUACUUAACGGCUAUAAUCCAGCAGACAACGCCAAAGAAAAUAUGGUGAUGAGCCAUAACCUGAACAGAGAAUCUCCGCGCUCCCGCCGGUCUAUGUCUCAAUGUUCAUGCAACAGUGCGUCUCGCCGCUCCUCCAUAGCUGCAUCGCCUAUGCCUCAUCAGCCGAUGCCACACCAGCUGCCGCCGCCGCAACCUCUACCUCCCCUCAACAACACCAUGGAAGUAUACUCCGAUCCUGUCGUUGAAGAAGCUGCUGAGCGCAACAGCGGGUGGGAAACACACAGGGUCAGGUUGAACCGCGUGACGGGCUACGGGUUCGGCAUAGCUGUCUCCGGGGGCCGAGACAAUCCGCACUUCGCCAGCGGAGACCCCUCCAUUGCCGUCUCCGACGUGCUCCGCGGAGGACCCGCCGAGGACAAACUACAAGUGAACGACCGUAUAGUAUCUGUGAACGGGAUAUCGCUUGAGAAUGUGGACUACGCGCGGGCAGUGCAAGUGCUGCGCGACUCCGGCGCAGUGGUCGUGCUUGUGGUGCGGCGGCGUGCGCCCGCGCCGCCCCCCACCGCGCCCACUACCAUCAAGGUCGCUCUCUCCAGGAAUGGGAAGAAAGAAGACUUCGGCGUGGUGCUAGGAUGCAAGUUGUACGUGAAGGAACUGACGAUGCGAGCUCGAGAGCAAGUAAACCAGGCUGGUCAAGGGCUGUGCGAGGGCGACGUGGUGACGCGCAUCAACAACACCCCAGUCACAGACGCCAUGACCCUCAAGGAGGCCAGGAAGCUCAUAGAGUCCUGCAAGGAACGACUCAACAUGGUCGUCACCAGGGAGCUUAUAAGAGAAGAGACCGUCACCAACGGGAAUUACCAGAAUAAUUACAAUAGCCUGGAGGCGACACCGACCCACCAGUACUCGGGAACCGACCCGGCGCACCAAACCCCUUACUCUGGGGGCGGUCAAAACCUGUACGUAGCCGCCCCAGUGAGAGGAGGCGCUAUGGAGCAGCGCCGACCUCCCCCGCCGCACGAGCACGAGCAGCCGCCGCGCCCGCCGCCCCCGCAGCAUGACGAUUACUACAGCAGCCGCAGACAGCUAUUUGAAGAAGAUGGCAUGGCCGGGCAGAGGACUAAGCCACCGAGCGAGCCUCGGCUGAUCAGUUUCCAGAAGGAGGGCUCGGUAGGGCUCCGGCUGUGCGGCGGCAACCGCUCCGGAGUGUUCGUCUCUGGGGUACAACCCACCAGCCCAGCCGCCCUGCAGGGGCUGCAACCCGCUGAUAAGAUACUUAAGGUGAACGAUAUGGAGAUGAAGGGAGUGACGCGCGAGGAGGCUGUGUUAUUCCUGCUCAGCCUGCAAGAGCGCAUCGACCUCAUCGUGCAGCAUUCUCCCGACGAGUACAACGCUGUUGCCAGCGGACAGAUGCCGGGCGACUCAUUCCACGUGAAGACCCACUUCCACUACACGGAGCCCACAGACGGCGAGAUGUCAUUCCGCUGCGGAGAUGUGUUCCACGUCGUGGACACGCUGCACAAUGGCACCGUGGGGGCCUGGCAGGUGUACCGAAUAGGUCGCAACAACCAAGAGGUGCAGAAGGGCAUAAUCCCGAACAAGGCGCGCGCGGAAGAGCUGGCGACUGCGCAGUUCAACGCUACCAAGAAGGAGAUGUCUGGUAACGACGGCAAGCACAACUUCUUCCGGAGGCGGCGCUCCACGCAUCGCCGCAGCAAGAGCCUCGGCAAGGAGCACUGGGACGAGGUGGUCCUGUCGGACAGCAUCAGCAAGUUCCCGGCAUAUGAGCGCGUCGUGUUGAAGCAGCCGGGGUUCGUGCGGCCCGUCAUAGUACUGGGCGCCGUCGCUGACAUCGCGCGCGAGAGACUCCUCACCGAGAACCCUGACAAGUUCGCCUCGCCUAAAAUGGACAGCACAUUAGAAGACAGCAAGACCAAGUCGACAGGCAUCAUCCGUCUGUCAAGCAUCCGGACCAUCAUGGAGCGCGGCAAGCACGCCCUCCUCGACAUCACGCCUAACGCGGUGGACAGACUCAACUACGCGCAGUUCUAUCCGAUAGUGAUCUUCUUGAAGGCUGACAACAAACAUAUCAUCAAGCAACUGAGAGCUGGAUUGCCUAAAUCGGCGCACAAGUCUUCGAAGAAGCUUCUAGAACAGUGCCAGCAUAUGGAGCGCGUGUGGGGUCACGUGUUCACGCACACCAUCACACUGAGCGAGGCCAACCAGGGCACAUGGUUCAACAAGCUGACCGACCUCAUUCAGAGGACACAGCAGCAGCAGCUCUGGGUGUCCGAGACUAAGAGGCCCGAGCCGUUGUCGGAUGACUUUUUGUUCUCAAUGUCGUCGAGCACGGAGAAUCGACUGUCGUAUGCUUCAAGUCCCGAGAGUGACUUGGAAGUGAGUCCGCCGCCGGCGCCGCGACUCGUCAAGUCGUCCUCCGACCCGUCGAUAGCCACCACGCAAGAUAACAUGGACCGGGACGACGAUAUGAAUCACAUGGGCGACGCGGUCCCUCCGCCUUACACGCAGGGUGGUUACGGGGACAGCAAGUAUGGGUUUUCGUCGAACAGUAAUGGCGGCGUGUCGACCCCAGGGACCCACAACAGCCAGGGUUCACACAGCAUGGGCCAACAAGCCAACGAGGCUCCGCCGUACCACUCCAAUCCGAUGACGCACUCGCCUCCACACUCGCCUCUAUAUGGCACUGUGCCCGAGUUGCCUCCGCGAGGGACUGUCACCAGGCCGGCGGGAGGAGUGCUGUUGCCUGCGCCGCCACCGGGGAGGCCGCCGCAUACCCUCAGACAUAACCCCUCUACUAACCGUCCGAGUGCGCAAGAGCGUCUAUUCGGGCCGCCUAAGGACGCCGGCAGUGACGAAGCGUCCACGUACACUGCUCGGCCGACCAGCAUGAUCAUACAACCCACGCAGGGCCAGGGCUCUUUAGACAGGCACCGCCAUGCGUCCAAUCCGCAGAGUUCUUACGACGGCACGUCUUCGUACGACUACGGCAGCGCGUCAAACAAUGGCUCGGUUCUCGGUUCGCGACUGCCGCCCAACGCUCCAGACGACCUGAAAGUCGCGCCGCCUUCCAUUAAAAUGGAGCCACCGCCUCCGCCUAACCCGACGGCGAUGUCCGCGCAGAGUCCGCAACGCAACUCCAAUUCACACGAACACAACUCCCUAGACUACAGAAACAAUGAUAACAAUUACAGUAGGUCAGCAGAAGCGUACCGCAGCCCGCAGAGUGGGCGGCCGCCGCCCAUGAACGGCAACAGCCCGCACACGCCCAUGCACGCUCGUGGGCCCUCGCUGCCCACCGUGCCCACUAACGACCAUGCCAAAUACAGCGCCCGUACGAACUCGGCGUCGCAAGCAGACUACAGCGGGCGUGGCGGAGCGCCCGUGCCUCCUUACAAGCCCGUGCCGCCGCCGAAGCCCAAGCACUACCGCCCACCUGACAACGCGCACCAUCCCAGGAACGGCAGUAUGGACCCCCCUCCCCCCGCUGUGCAGACGCCGCGCCCCCCUGCGCCCGGCUACCCUCAUUACUCGCACCAGCACUCACACUCGCAACCACACCGCCCCGGCCCGCACCACUACCAACAGCAAAACAUGUACGGUGGUCAGAUGCCGCCGCAGUCCCCGCCGUACUCGGGCCCCCCGUCGCACCACCGCGCCAUCAACCUGCCCCACAACCCGCAUCUCAUAGAUUUAGCCGGGAGCAGAGAGCAACGCGGGUCGGCGUUCGAGCUGUAUAGGAAACCACAGCACAUGCACAAUCUCAGUUCGUCUGACGCCAUGAACUCCAGUGUAGAGCGCGACGAGACGUUCUCACCAAAAACUAAAAAGAAAUUGUCAAAAAAACCGUCGUUCAUUAAAAACGCUGUCCUCGAUUUGUUCCGUUCGAAAACGAAAAAUUCGCAGAAAGUGUCUCGACAGAAGUCACUGUGCGAGAGUGACUUGCAGCAGAGACACCUGCCGCAGAUGCCGAUGCUAAGGCGGGAGAAGUCCGACCUGGGCGACAUGAGUGUGCACAUGCGCAACACGCAUAUCAGGAACCAGAUGCUGCAGCGCAGCAACUCCUCCUCCUGCGAGAAACCCGUGCUCAAACCGAUCCUCAAGCGACAGAGUUCCUUCUGUGAUGACAGAAGUGGUGCCAUCUGCACGGUCAGAGACUACGACGCUAAGCCAGUUUUGAAAAAUCUAAGACGGCAAAACUCCAUGUGCGAGAUCGAAACAGAACCGAAAGUUACCCCACUGUUGCGUAGACAAAACUCCCUAAUAGAGUACAACAGAAGAGGAAUCUACGGACAGACGUCCAGCUUUAAUAUGAUUACCAAAAUUGACCCAAUUUACCAAAGACAGCAGCAGUUAAAACAUGAACCAUUCCAUCCAACACAACCACUACCUCCAGAGCCACUCUACCAAAGUAAAGAACAUAUUGUUUAUGACCCCAUACCUAAGCCUAGAAGGACAUACGCUUCCUUGUACGAUACCUCUAGCGAGAACCCUUAUGCAAGCAGAUCUGAAGUGUCGAAUCAAAGUUUUGAGAAUCCUUACGGAAAUCGUCAGACAGUGGCGAUGCCGAUCAUGGACCCGCCUUACGCUACCAGAGCUGAGUGUGCAAGGGAGAGUCCGUACGCCACAAGAAAUGAAUUAAUGUCUGAAAGUCCGUAUGCUACAAAACAAGAAAUAAGUAAACAUUCGGAUUCAUUUUACAGCGAGUCGCCUUAUUCAAGUAAAGAGCAAAUGUUAAGGCAACGAAUGACAUCCGAAAGUCCUUACGCAACUAAAGAGGAAAUGUUGCGACAGAGAUUUUCAGAAUCUCCUUAUAACACGAAAGAAGAGAUGCUAAAACAGAGAAUGGAAGGUUCAUUUAGCAAAGAACCAAUUUAUGGAAAAAGAACGUAUGAACCGCCACCAAGUACAUCGUGGUCCGAAAAUUCUUAUGGAGUUCGACCUGAAAGAAGGUUGCAGACUCCGGUAAACUUCCCGGGUAGAAUAUCACCAAUGAGCAAAUGUAUGAGUGAACCUCCGUAUGUUACAAGGACCGAGAUGAUGGGUAGAAUCGGUCAAACUGACUCUCCCUAUGCCAGUCGAGCUGAAGUCAAAUCAAGUUGCUCUGAUAUACAGUAUGGGAGUCGCAAUGAAAUGUCUGACUUUAGGCAAGAGGCCCGACCGGCGUCAGCUGAAUGCACUUACGUAUCCAAACAAGAAAUCCUUUCACAAAAAGCUGCUUUACAGGCAAGCAGAGAAUCGACAACCACGAUUAAAUUAGAGGAAAAAUUAGAAAUGAUUAAACAAAGAAACCAAGCUAAAAAGGACAUGAUUUAUCAAACUAGAAAAGAAGCAAACGAAAGCGAUUCCAUGAAAAUUAGGGAACCGCUUUAUGUUUCCAAAAGAGAAUUGAAAGAAUGCGUCAUUUAUGAGUCCCACCAAGAAAAUAAAGAGAUAGUACCAGCUGUCCUAGUGACAGACAGCAGCGCCCGUAGCAGCCCGUACGAGCUGAGCGACGCCAACCACUUGUCUCGCAGAGAGCCAAUAUAUCAGACUAAAUCGGAAGCCGAAAAUGUGGCAAAACCUGAUACAUUCCAAGAAAUUGAUUUUUCGAAACUUAGACUUACUGAAUCGAAGACCGACGCAGAAAAAGAAAAAUCUUUGAAUAUGGAAGCGAAUAUUUUGAAGGGUGAACCAAUAUAUGCUCCUCGAUUGCACGGCAAAACAGACCAUAUUUCUAAUGCACUGAAAGUCACCUCGUCGCCUAUUCCUUAUGAGUCCACGACAUCUAUGGAGACUCAUUAUGCUUCCGAGUGCAGCAUGAACUUUGAAAAUAAACCACAGAGCACUCCUUACACGUCACAAGAUCUCGAUGAUCAGAGACUAGUAAAACCGAACAGAACGGUAACUUUCUGCGAGCAGAUUCUCGAAAAGAGCCCAGAGAAUAGCCAAGAUACUUCCGAUAAUAUGUCUGCCAGUCAGAAUGAAACAACAGUGAUAAACAAUCAGAACACAGUGGUUCAAGCGUCGAGCUCGGAAGACAAUGAUUCAACAAAUAAAACAGAUGAUGUGGAGCCUGAAGGUCCACAUACAACUUGGGGUAUAUUCGACAGCGAAGGUGGCGUGUUAGAAGACAGGCAAUGGGGCGUUUCGCUGAUCAUUCCACCGAAGGCGAUCGCUCCCGGCAUCAAGCAAAAGAUCUACUUUACUGUAUCGGACCCGCGACUGAGCCAGCGAGUGGGGGGACCUCCAAUCGAUAUGGACAACGGUGAAGCGAUGCUGUCGCCACUAGUGAUGUGCGGUCCGCAAGGGCUGGUGUUCCUGCGGCCGGUGACGCUGCGGCUGCCGCACUGCGCCAACGCCGUCCCCUCCCUAGGCCUCACUAUCAAGGCCACGGACACUGAGGCCCACCUCAGCACGGACUGGGACCAGAUACAUCUCCCCGCCACCACCACGCUCAACACCGUUGCUGUCAAAGUCGAUCACUUCUAAGCAGAACUAGACCUUUAUCUGGUACCUACACUAGCUUAAAGAUAUUCAAUGUAUACGGGAAACCCGUUUCAUAAUCAAAGUUUUAAAAUGCUUAUAAAGUGUAUUUGUAUUUUUGCUCAUUUUAAAAUUACUAAAUUUACCAGAAAAAGGGCUCGUUCUACUCAAGAAGGUGAUCCAUAUCUCAAGUCUUAAUUAAGAGUAGAGCUUAAUAAAUGUUUAGUGUCACAUUGGUGUUAAAGUUCUCACAUUUAUGAUAUAAUAUUAUACUAGUAAGAUUCAAUUUAUUCCAAUUCUGUGUAAAUGUUAGCCUAGGACGGUGCAUAAAUAAUCGUAUUUCAAUUAUUCAGUUGUAGACACGUAUGUCAAAAGUAUACGUUUAUAAACAUUGAUGUCUGCCUAUUCAUAUUGAUGUUAAUAUAACAUUAUUUCGGAGCACCUACUUCUAAACUUAAAUUAAGUAAUCGUUUACAUUAUUUCGGCACUAAAUAAUCCCACCUAUUCUAAAUUAUCAGGAACUAUAUAUUUCAGUAUUGAUAGCGGUGCUAAAUGUUUACAUGUCUAAACUUAAAAAUGUAUUUAAUGUGUAGAAUCUCAACGAGCUUAUAUUCAAUGCAUAUUCUUAAAUAUUCUCGAUGUAAGUAGAUGUUCACAUGACUGGGAUGAAAAGCUCUUAGGUAAUGAAAGGCGAACUCGAUUCUCUCAUAUAUUUUUUUAACUAAGCAAUUUCUUACCACUUAGAAUUAUUCAUUUAAUUUUAAUUUUACUAUAUUUACAUAUUUGUAAUAUUAUUAUUUAAUAUUCAGUCGUGUAUUUAGCGGUAAACAAUUGUAUCGGAAUGUUAGAAUUUUUAAUUCGAAAUCAGAUAUUUUCGUAUUUUGGCUUCCGUAGUUUUUAAAAGGAAUUGAAUUUCGUGAAUAUUUUUGUAUUUAGUUUUAAUUUGAAAUUAUUAAACGAUGUUAUUUUACAUGUUACUCGACGCGGUGAUGUACGGUUAGUUCGAAGUCAUUUUUUACGAUGUAUCCAUUAGGAUUGAUUAUUGUUAUUGUAGAACUAAUUUGAGUUUACCUUGAACUCGAAAUUAAAAUUUUAUAUCUACCGAAA